AUGCAAGAUAUCGAUGGUAUCUUUGCUUUUCGAUUUUUUAUCCGUGAUAUAUAUAAUCAACUGUGUUAUCAUCGAUGUGCCACGGCUGUGAGGGUCUACAGAGGACAGCAGAUUUCUGAAGUCGAAUUAAAAGUAUUCGAAAAAUGUGUCGGACAAUUGGUUUCUUUCAAGCCGUUUUACUCAACUAGUCGUAAUCGAGAAGUUGCUGAGAAGUUCGCACAUAGUGGUGGUGGCAACGGUACCUCUCUAUGCUCAGUCUUGUUUGAAAUCGAAGCUGAUCCUCGUCGCACAACAACGAAACCGUUUGCCGACAUUAGUGUAUUCAGUGACUUUAAAGACGAAGCUGAAGUACUUUUCAUGUGUGGCUCCAUUUUUCGUAUACUCAACGUUAGCCGUGGCCAAAACGGACUUCACAUCGUUAGAUUACAGCUAUGCUCUGAUGACGAUCAUGAACUUAAGAAACUCUUCGAAUACAUGAAUAAACAAAAUGUCAGUUGGGAUGGUAUACUUGCUUUUGGUAACUUGCUUUUACAAAUGGGCAAACUCGAUGAUGCCGAAAAAUAUUAUCGCAUUGGACUAACACAGCUUGGUUUUAAUCAUAUCAAUAUCGUCUACUACUAUCAUGGGCUUGGUAUUGUGCACAAGGAAAAAGGUGAUUACGCGGCAAGUUUCGAAUGCCUCCAAAAGUCACUUGAAUUAUACAAGAACAUGGAAAAUCAUAGUUCAGUUGCCAUCGUCUAUAACAAUAUUGCAACCUUGCAUUUCAACAAAUCUGAUUACAAACAGGCUCUUGACUCGUACAACAUGGCAUUAGAGAUUUACAGAACACAAAACAAUGUGGAUCAUCAAGACAUUGCUAUGUGUUACAAUAACGUGGGGGCUGUCUAUUAUGAACAGAAAAAAUAUUUAGAAGCUCUUGAAUACUAUCAAAAAGCAUUGACGAUCUUGGAGAAAAUACUUCCGGUCGAUCAUCCUCAGUUAGGAGGAUAUUACAAUAAUAUCGGAGAUGUUCAUCUUAAUCUUGGUCACGAUGUUUACGCAUUUGAAUAUUAUCGUUUAGCGCUUAGUAUCAAGGAGAAAACCUUACCUGCCAAACAUCCUAGCACUGCAACAACACAUCAGAGCAUUGGCCUUGCUCACGAAUACAGUGGUGAUCUAAAACAGGCACUUAAACAUUUUGAAAUAGCAGCAGCUAUUUAUAGUGAUUGUUUGCCUGAAAAACAUGUCAAUGUUGUGGAAAUCAAAAAGCACAUAUUGCGUGUUACCACAGCUAUUGGCGAAAAAAAAUCUCCUUAG